CAUACAGAAAAAAAAUCCGGACACGAUGGAUGAAUAUCCACUUCAUCGUUCUCUUGACAUGAUUCGCCUAUUGACUAAAGCAAAUUUUCCUACUGCUUUGCACGGUUGUCUGAUCUAUUUUCCUAAUUUGAGUUUUCCCGCCUUUUCGUUCCCUCACCAGUUCGACCCCGAUAGUGCACAUGCAGACGCUAUUUUGCUGCCUGAUAGAUACUGGUUGGGUUUGUUAUUGCUCAAUUUGUAUUUGGCCGUAUGGGUGUUUAACAUGCUUGUGAGUAGAGUAUAUGCGUAACUUAGCGCGCAUUGCUAACCUCUCUCUUUUGUCAUAGGCGCUACCAUUGCUGGUGCCAUCACAGUCAUUUGUUGUCGUCGUCGUCAUCGUUACCUCUGUGCGCUCCGUAUUGCUGAUGGUGAAGCUAAUCGUACGUUCAACGGUUUGCUACCAGCAUUAUACCAGUCGUACCCCCGCUACAGUUGUCAUCGUGGUCCCCUAUUUGUGCGGCCGCUAAAGCCGUCGACCUGCCUGUUUGCCUGCCUGUCUGUCUGUCCGCACGUCCAUCCGCCCGUCCAUCCGUUCUCACUUGUCUGUGUCUGGGUUUUUCUCAAGAGUGUCAAUGUUUUGUUAUUGACCAGUCACAACGGCAGCAACGACAGUGUUAACUGCGGUAUAAUCUCUAGCAACAGUGAAAUCACAUCGGAACAGCGGCCUGGGGGUGGACAAGCUUUGCCUGUGUUCAUGCCAUCUCACCAGCAAAUCAAGACUGCACAUUCUACUCGCACUCUACUCAAUUGCGGGUGACUGGCUGCCUGCUGGUGCUGCGCCACUCUUGCGGUAACCGCUAGUGCCGUUCGAUUGCUGCUGCUGUUGCUGCUGGUGGUAUUUUUAAUGUCUUCGGUUGAUGUUGUUGUCCUUAUUGUUGCUGUUGUUGUCCACCGUCCUGCUGCUGCUCAUCUUUUUCAUGUUCUGUUGUGCCGCACCGAGUCCUAUAACUGACCGUGCUGUCUGCCCUCACCUUUGCGGCUAGGUACUCGAAAAUACAUCGCGAACGGUUAGUUACUUUUGUUCAGGCUUCUGCUUACCACACGAGCUAGUUAACCGACAAACUUGCCGACCGUGGUCGUGCUGCCGCGGCGGGGACAACAACGGUAAAAGCAGCAGCAGCAUCAAAAACAACAAUAGUUACUCGUCACAGGAAUGGUAAUCAUACGAAGGGUGCAGGGUACGAUAGUAACGACUCCUGCACGGAUAACACCCCACAGCGGGUAGCUAGUGUCUGGACAGUGUUGAUAUCAGCAGUAGAUCGUCGAAUACUGCCAUUCUACAUGGUUGCAGCAGGAACCACUAGUAAUCGGACUACGAGUUGCGAUUACCAAAGGAAUCGAAUCGUUUCGGUCUGGAGAACCGUCAAGGGAUAUACCACACACUGUGGUAAAUACGCCGGUUUCUUUGUGCAUGCAAACCUCACCGCUGACUGGAUCGUUCUGAGUCGCGACUGAACUGACCAGCAUUGUCAGUCGGGUACCAUGAAUGUGUUCGAAGCGAAACUUUAGUCCGUCAACACCCAGGCUACUGAGUGAGAUCCUUUGGUUCCAUAUCUGAAUUAAGGGGAUCAGCAAAAUGGUGUCAACAGAACGCACAGUUAGCCAGAGAUUGUGUAAGAGGAGAAACGACCGCGGCAAUUCGAGCGAUUAAGCGAGUUGAGGGAGAAAGUGGACUCUAGGGUGACCGUAAUUUGAGUUAUCCAUUCUGAAAAAGCAUGAUUUAAAGUUUAAAUCCCGUUCUCAUUUGAUCGCUGUGGCGUCCUGUUGGUGUUCAAUUAAAGCUGUUUUAGCAGCACAUGCCAGUUGGUCGUUCACCUGUAUUUACGUUGUUGAUCGUAGAAUCUCUGCUGCAUUUCUAUCGCGGGCACAUUUGCUCUGCUUUCACUGUGUCUGCGGCCACCGAACCAUUACAGGUGUUGACUAACUUCGACACACAGCAUGCAGAUUGCGUUCUACGGCGACUGGUGAGUGGAACUUAUGGUUAUCAAUCUGUAGCCCGUCUCAGUUUCGUAUCUGUUUUCUGUCUAAUGCGGUCGUUAACUACCUUGCGUAAGGAUUGCCCAGCCGCGUGAGCAAAACUGAAGUCGCUUGGUAAAUUUUUGUCGUCGUCGUGAAUUCUGCAAGUCUAAGCCAACGUGUUGGUUGAAUUGUAUAUACGCGAUUUUUCAGGUAUCUGGCUAAUUUCUCUGCGGUUAUCGACUGGUUGGCAGGUAGAAGGAGGCUACGAAAGAGAGCCCGGCUUACGUGACGGUUGUUUUUUGUACCUUCGCUUCGCUCCGCAGGUAGACACGGUUGAAAAGUGACCCACAUUGAAGGUGUAGAAAUGCGCGCGGCCGAACGCUGCCACGUGCGUGAUUGCCCGGCACGAGAGUGGACGGCACAGACGCAGCAACAACAGCAACAGCAGGGAACUGGUGCGGAUGGAACUGUAGUUCCAUCGAUGCCGAUGGCCAACGGCGGAAAUGUGGUCUUUCGUGUCCCGGGUGACAUGCGCUUUUUAAAUGUCGUUCUAUCAGCCAUUGCACGACGCUUUCGAAACCGGAAAAACAACUUCAUGUGCAAGGCCCAUUUUCUACCGGAAGACCUUCUGUUGACUGGGUCAGGUAUUUCGUUGAGUAAACGAGCUGUUCCGUGUUUUCAGGUUCCGCGAAAGACCCUUAAGAUGGUCGUUCGCAACGGUGUCAGCGCAAAGCAUUCAGAAGUUGCGUGCGCAUUAUUGGAGAGGUCGAGGGGGACGACUUAUUUGUUGGCUUCUCAUGACUCUUCGUCCGAUUCGGAUGUUCCCUCGGGAGGAGACUGCUGCGGGACUGGGGGACUCGAAUGUCAUGGGAAUGCUCCAUCCGUUCCGCCGAUUUGUCACCCCGGUUUACCACAAUACCUCCAUGCGUCGGCUAUGCCUGAAGCGACUCUUACGCAGAGGCUACAAUUCUCUGGCAUUUGUCAGAACAAAGUAACAAGUGGCCUUAACGUGAAACGAUCGUCCGCAAACUUCAUUUCGCGUGAUGACGGAAUGGCCGGUGACAGUUUGGUGGACUACAAACGAUUGAAGCUAUCCGACUCGGAUAGUCCUCCUAGUCAAGGACAUGGUGACGUGGCAAGUGAUGCAUCCGGGGCUAAUUCAAGAGCUGGCCUUUUUUCCACAGAUGAGGUUGCUGACGAAGGUGAUGAUAUGGAGGAUGAGUCAAAAGAUAUGGAUGAACAGAUUAGUGAAGAACGGCUGGAUUCCUCAUUAGACGUAGGCUCAGCAGCCGAGCCAGCUACACCGCCGUAUCCGACAUUACGUACGCUCAAUUCGCCUCUUAAGGGACUUAUAAUCGGUCAGGAAACUAGUCCAGCCUUGACCACAGCUAAUGCGACAGGUCCGACGUCUGCCAAUCCAGCAACCACUCCACCUAUCUAGUUCGGACUGAUUAUAGGUUUCAUGAGCAAUCUAGAAUGUCAGAAAUAACCAUCAACCAAAAAAAACAACAAAAAAUCACCAACAAAACAGUAGGGAACAAAACCGCGCGUCCAACUCGAUAUUAUUAAUAUACGUAGAAUCCGUCCCAAAACCAUUGUCAUUCGAAGGCUUUCAUGUGAGAACCCACCGCACCCCCUGCCUAUCUGUUGAGACCUAAAGGCUCAACGGAUAUAAGCAUGAUGACGGAUGUAACAAUAACAACAAAAACCAUUUGCGGCAGCAACAACAAAAUACCAACACAAUUAGGCCAAAAGCAUUUCUUUCACGCAACAACAAUGCUGUAAUAAUAAUUACAACUACGAAGGAUAUGAUGAUAGCGGUGAACGAAAACUAUACAGAAAAUCUAUCGCUUCAAAUGUAGGGCUCGAUACCAGUACAGUCUCGGAUGUCGGAUAUCGAUAGCGUAAAUUCAUAUGUUUGUCGAGCUUAUCGUCGACCAAGGCUUGACUCAUGUUAAAACAAAAGGGCCGCGUUAUGGCCUCGGGGUUCAUUUGGGAUGCCGUUUGAUACUUUUUGGAUCGAGUAGACGUUUCCAAUAAUUUAGCGCACGAUGUUUAUUCCGUCAUCCCUUGUUCAGGAAGAUCUGAAUGGUGGGGUUAUACCCCUUAUAAUGAUGAUAAUGAUUAUACAAUAAUGUAGAUGUAUAUUGCUGAUGCUCGGUAAUUGCAAGUAAAAAAGCACGUAGGGAGUUGCUCAGCUCCCAGGAAAAAGCGGGAUAUCCAUGUAAGUAUCAAACUGAUGUAGAGAGAAAUGAAUAUAUGGAAAACAGAUUAUGCUGACCAAUAAAUCAGUUAUCUGUGUAGGGGAAAUAUCAUGAGAUACGUUUAUCGCAAACUGACGUUAAUACAACAUAAACCUUGUGAGUGUAAGAGUGACUAUUGUGGGAGGUGAAGAUGGCAGAUGCAAACGUAGCAAAUCGAAAUUAACAGUAUACUUUUUUAAUUAGACCCGCCAGUCGUACGGGCUCUGUAUGUGUAGCGAAAUAAUUUUGUGUCGCGGCAAUUCACAAUAUCGACACGGGGUACUCGGUAAGUCAUGUCCCCUAGUUGACAAAAGCGUUAAACAA